UCCUGAAGAGGACACUGAGCACAUAAGUGAAAAUGGCUGAUGAUGCCUAUCGAACGAAUUUGCGAAUCGGAAGUCGAUUCAUAUUCUUUGGUCAUUAAUUUUUUGUGAUUUUCUCACGUGUAUCAAGCUUUUUUUACAUAUUUACAAAAGGUUAACGAUUUUCAAUCAACGCAUCUUCAUACAUAAAGAAGAAACAAGGAGAAUAAUUUGACGAAAGUUCCGGAAGGUGGUUCCUCGAGUAACCAAAUUUUUUGUGCGAAACGCCGUAUUUAUUUUGUUGAUAGAAUACUUUUUUAUUGCAGAUAUUUGACCAAUUAAAUUUUAGUUUAAUAUGACUGAGGAACAUCAGUUACCCUCUGAUUCUGAUGAAGAUGAUGAAGAUUAUGUUCCUGAUGGUGCAGAUAAUGAGGCUGUUUCAGAGGUAGAAUCUGAAGGUGAUGCAGAAAGUGGUCCUGAGGAUGAAAAUGAUGAAAAUAAGAGAGAAACUACAAAAAAACAAAGACAAAAACGAAAUAAGCUUACGAAAACUAAAGCUAAAAGGGGUAGAAAACCAAAGAAAAAUGUGAAAGAAGAUAGUGAGGAAGAAGAGAAAGAGGAACGAGAAUCCGGUGAAAAGAAAAAACUUACUGAAGAAGAGGAAAAGAAAAGAGCUGAUUCUCUUUGGGCAGAUUUUAUGAAAGAUACAGGAACUGUGAACAAAUCCAAACCACAAAACUCUGCAAAUAAAGCAAAAGAAAAAUCCCCUCCUUUGGAAAAACCAAAAGUUGAAGAAAAAGUAAAGAUAACUAAAGUAUUUGAAUUUGCUGGAGAAGAAGUGAAAGUUGAGAAAGAAGUGUCAAUAGAUUCUGCAGAAGCUAGAUUAUCGUUUUCUUCAGAUGAUAAGUCAGAAAAAACUGGUAAUUCUGCUUCUCCUGUAGGCAAAGGGUCUGGAAGAGGAAAAGGUUUUAAACGAGCUGGUUUGGGAGGCAUUUCUUCAGUUCUUGGUCAAAUAGGGAAGAAAGCCAAAAUCAGUACAUUAGAAAAGUCAAAGCUAGAUUGGGAUAAUUAUAAAAGGAGCGAAAAUUUGGAAGAAGAAAUUACUACUCACAACAAAGGGAAAGAUGGAUAUUUAGAACGUCAAGAUUUUCUGCAGAGGGCAGACUUACGACAAUUUGAAAUUGAAAAACAAUUACGUAAUGCUAAUAGGCGCAGUACACGGUGAAUUUAUAUCAUAAUCUUUGCACAUGUCUCUUCCCCACUGGUGAGGAUCUAAGAUGACAUUAAAAGGUAUAUCUUAAUUAGACUUGCCAGAUUCCAACGCUUGUAAUACAUAUUUAAUUUUAAUUCCUGAAACACUCAUUAAUAUCUCAUAGCAUAUAUAAAAAUGUGAUUGCCUCGCUUGGCUUGACAAUCGGCUGGAUCUGUUUACAAUGCGGUCGAAAGCCUAUUCUGUGAGAAGAGACUGAUCAUUCCAAUGUAUUAAGAAGAGUACAGUGUGUUACAUAAUAGUUUAAUUUACCAUCUGCGAGCUAAGCCUCGGUCUACUAUAUCACAGAACUUCGCAUCGAAGCAGGAUCUUUGAAGCUUGAUGCUUCAGAAACCAAUAUAUUCUAAUAACACAUACUCCAGAAAUGUUUUUAUUCCGUUUCAGUGAAAGAAAUGAAUGAUUAACACAGUAUAUGUAGUGUAGGUAUUUGAUAAGAAUCUGUUUGAACAGUGAACGAAUACUUAUGAGUAUGUGUCUUAGAAAUGAUCAUGACAUUAAUUUCAUUUACAAUCACUGCCUUUGGCGAGUCAUUCAAGACAUGUUACCAUAUUUAUAAGAAAGGUACAUGAAAUGAGAGCACAGACCGUUAUUCAAACUGAAAAACUACAGUAAUGAUUUUAUACUUUUUCAGUGAUAUAUGUAUGUGUUAAUUAUAUAUCCUGUAAACAAUUGAAUGAUUAUCUGUGCAAGAUAUUCCGUUAUAGUUUACUGAAUGAUAAGUUAAUCUGACAUAUAUAAUUCUUGGCUCAGGUUAUAAUUUUUAGAUUAUGUGUAAAAUAUAUCAUAUGGAUACGUACAAGACAUGCUUGUAGCUCAUCGAAUACUAUUUAACAAUUGUUUCAUGUCGUGUACUGUGUCAAUGUAGAGAAUUAAAAAAUAUUGAGAAGGUCUAUAGAUAUAUUGGCUGAGAGUAAUAUUAGACAAAACUUUUAGUUUUGCUGUCUUCAUCAAAUCCUUGUGUACUUUUUCUAUCACAAAAUAAAUCUUCAGUACUUUAAAUGUCAUGUAAUAGAUUCUUUAAAUCAAACACUGCUUUAUAUCAUUAUGCAGCAAGAAUUUAUUAGUUACAUUCAUAUUAUUCAAGUAUACACGUGCCAGUUUGUGAGUCAACAAUAUUUCUGUGAGCAAUUAUAACAGUUUUUUCAAAACAAAUUCAAAUGAAAGAAUUAGUAACAAUCGAUCCAUCAUUGAUCUUUAUUUAUGGAAUUUAACUAUUCUUUUCUUCUGAAAUAUAAAAACAUUCCAUACAUUCUGAAGUUUAGUUCAUUACUUAUACAUAGGUAUUAUUACUUAAACAGUAAGCCAAGAAAAACGGAGCACCUGAAUGUAUCUAUUGCAUUUAAAUGUACGUGGAAAACACAUCAAAUAUUAUGAAGAUUUAUUUCGAACGAAAAAAGUCGAACAUUUAAAGUUUUUCUCUAAUUUUCACUUUUCAGGUUCAAAGUCGUAUCAUAGGAUAUAUAUUAAUUAAUUCAUGUUAGUUUAUAGUAUAAUAGUAAUUAGCUAAAUAGUGACUUCUCUAAAUCAAGAAAUACAGGAGCAAAAAAGUUUAAACUUAUUUAAGUUAUUAUUAUAGUUUAAAUUUAUUUAAAAUAUAUAAAAGCUUUUAAUCAGUUUUAUGAUAGUGUCUUGGUAAUUCUUAAUAUAAAACAGUAUUAAUUUCUUAAUAUUAAAACUUAUAUUACUUAUUUUAUAAUUGAAAUUCUAACAUUAGUUUUAAGAUAUGCUUGACACCUUCAAAAAUAAAAAAAAGUAUAUUUAUAAUUGUCGUAAGUGAAACGCAUUUAAAACUUUUUUACUUCUCUAAAUUUAAUAAGAUUAAAAUUGAGUACUUUUUCAAUUCUCUAUAAUAUGAUAUUGCCCUUCGAGGACAAAAACUUUGUUGAUUUAUUCUCAAAACACUGUAGUUAAUAUCUCCAGAAUUUUUUUUAUAGUUUCAAGUAUACCAGAGAUACUUAGAUCCUUCGUACAUCAAUACUUAUGUUUCUUUAAAUACUUACAGAUGCAUUGUGAUUUUGCUUCUUCAAAGAACGGUUAGAACCACAGUUUCGAAUGGGACACAAAUUAGAGUGAGGCAUAUUAUUAUGUUGAGGGCUGAAAAGAAAUUAAUUUAGAAACCUCUCCAAGAAUGAUCUUUUAAUUGUAAGGUUCAUAACAAAAAAUCUGAUAUCAAAAUACCACAAAUUUCAUGGAAUUUCUCCAAAGUUUAAGUUAAUAUACAUCAUAUGGAUGUAGAUACUGCUUUAUUUUGUUAAAAAUCUCUGAUUUAAUUAGGUCUGAUUAAUUCUAACAGUAAAGAAAAAAUUGUUCAAUGUAAACAAAAAUUCUUGUUGUACAUUAACGUAUUUUUCAUAAAACCUUUUCCUUUAUUUUAUUUCAAAAAUCAAAGUUAACAGUAGAUUUACAGAUUCUAUCAAUUUAGUGUGUUUACAAUUUCAAAAAAAGUGUUUAAAAUUUAAAAAAUGUUAUAUUAUUUGUUAGCAAUUUAUGUUGACUUUGAUUGGUGUAAUGAUAUGAGUGCACAUCCUAAAUCAUUUUCCUUCCAAUCCUUUAAUUUCGAACACCUGUAUAUAGUACACUUAUCGUUUCGAAAACAAUUGCCUGUAGAUUAAUUAAUGUAAUUAAUAUCUGUAAGUCUAAUGUUACAACCUACAUGUAUGACUUCAUUUUAUACUAGCAAGUUAAUAACAUAUUUAUCGUUACUUAUCGAUGUAAGUUUGAAAUAGAUUUCCAAAUUUUGAAGAAACUAAAAGAUACAUUCUUCUUUCUUUCGUAAUGUAAUUUGUUUUGACAGAAACAGUUUCUGUUAUGAACACGUGAUCUGUAUUUUCUUUAUGUUGGUUUGCCAUAUCAAUGAAAGGGACGUUUAAAAUUGUGCAUUUUAUUACGCAAAUUAGUGAAUCCUUUUGCAACUCCAUUUUCAGAGUUCCUAAGCGGUGAUUAAAAGUGGGUUAUUUGUUCUAACGUUACCAAGAGAAUAAUUAUUACUAGUAAUAUUAAUAAUAUAACAAUAAUAAUAACUAAUAUUAUUAUAACAAUUCUAACUUCGAGUUCGUAGGACAGGGACAUUUAUUACGAAAUUUCUUUCCGCUGGAGCUUCCACUUUUUGAAUUACACAAGUUUGUUUUAUUUUCUGGUUUCUCUACCUUGCCUUGUUUUCUAUUUUUCUAGAAUAGUAUGUAACAGUGUGAUGGAAAAUGUAAGUUUAAUUUUAAAUUAUGUUGAAAGGUAAUACAAUGAUUUUAAUUCAAUUUUACGUGAUAUACGAUACAAUACAAAAACAUUAGGUAUGCGUGGAUAGUCCAGUACGAGUUUCGAGUUUCAAUAAAAACACGUCUACCAGAUAUAUUUUACGUUUAAAUUGUUACAUUUAUUUAAGGUUUAACUUUUUCCAUAUUACGAGUAACUAUAAUUGUCUACUAAAAAUCAACUUAAAAAUACCAUUAUAAGUGAUUAUGGUUUCUCAAUCUUUAGUUUAAAAAUGUCUGUAUUUACGUUUGUUUAUUCUAUGUUUAAUGCUAUUUAAUUAUCAGGACGAUUGAAUAAUAUGUUAUACAGACGUUUAACUGUGGUUUGGUAGUAUUGUAAAAAUAGAUAUAAAAGCAAAAUUAAACUAUCUGUUACUUACACAUAGGUAUAUUACAAAAUGUGUUUUAAAGUAGAAAAUUAACGGACGGGUUACAGUUACUUUAAAUUUUUCCAAAACUAUAAAAACAGAGACGUUAGCGUUUUGUGGUUCAUUUAAUCAUAUUUGAUAAUUAUUUUCGUCUAUAUGUAAUGUAUGCACUACAGAAUUUGUUCGAAUGUUUAUAAAUUAUUUUCACGCAGACUAGAAUAGAAAAGAAUUAUUUUUAUCAUAAUAACAAUUUUUCAUAUUUUAUUUUUACUUUUAUUUUACAAUUGGUUUUAUGUAACAUCUGAAACAUUUUUCUUCACUGUGUUUUACGUGUUUAAAUAAACAAAUGCAUGAAAACUACAGUAUACCAGUGUAAUUAUUAUUAAAAUUAAUGUUUUACUCACUUUAUUCAUCAUGCAGCAGCAUUCGUUGUAUUUUCCUAGAGUCGUACACGAUUUUGAGCACUUGAAACCUCUUGAGCUCCCUGAAUCAGAUUCUUUGACACAUAUACAAAAAGAUGACAUCAAUUUGUUUUUCUGAUCGCUUUCUCUUCGCCGGUUGUCUUUUUCCUUCUUCGUUUUUCCCGGGCUUUGUGAGCUGCGAGCCAUCGAUCUCUUGUGCUCGUCACAAUGGCAAGUUGUCAUUUCAUCCGGGCACUUCUUUGAAUUCCAUUUUCCAAGUUUACUUGAGCCCGGGCUUCGCAGACUGUAAUUUAAAGAAUCCAGAACAUUUCGCAACGUUUGGUAAGUGUCAGGUCCAGUGUAUGAAGGCGUAACAAAAAUUAAAAAACUAAUGUAAAUAAUUAGGAACUGCACAAUGUGUUUCCUUUUUUAUUUAUAUUUAUUAACUUUAAUAAAAUGCAAAAAUUAUGCAAUUGUUACUAUAUAAGAAUAUAAAAAUAUGUGCUAAACAUUAAAAACAAUUAUAAUAUUCAUGAAGAUUAUUCUGUCUUGUUGCUUUUAUUGAUAUGUGUAUGAAUACACACUGUAAUUGUUUUAUGAAAUAUUUUUUAAGUCAUUACUUAAUAGGACUUAAUAAAUUGGUUAUUUUGGAUAUUAGCUACAGACAAUGUCUAUAGAAAAUAAAACGGUUCUAUAAGCAACUUACUUUGUUAUUAUCACAAGAGUGCAUAUAUGUGCUCUUACAAUUAACGUAAGUUAAUAGAAGCAUAAACGUGUUAGUGCGAUGAUUAUGUCAUCAUUAUUAUACAUUAUUAUACAGCAUUAUAUUAUAAUUUAUAUACUUACUUAUUUCUUUAUUUUUAUUUAUUAAUAAUGUACAUAGUAAUUUUUUCUUUAAAUGUGUAUUGUGUUGUUUUUAAUGUGCUUAUGUAUAUGUAAAUAAUGCCUUCAAUAAUCGCAUUAACUAUUUUCGAUGAAAGCUUUUUGCUAGGGGUACAAUUAGAGUGUUAACUAAAAAAUGUUAUAUUUUAUACUAUAUGGUUAGGUACUUAAACGAAACACUAUUCAAGUGAAUAUCGAACAAUUGUUACACAAAAUUCAAAGUAGAACCAUAAUUUAUUGUCAAGUACUAUCAAAUAAAAAAAAUUGUAUUGCAGUUACAAAAUACAGAAAAUAACAUGUAGUUCAAAAACAUUUUGUUUUAUAAAUAUUUUAAUUUAUAAAUACUUUAUAGUACUUUAUAGUAUAGGUUUUCGAACAAAAAAAUUGAAUUUAAUAUUUCUGUGUUUUUAAAACCAUAUGCUAUUAAUUUUAACACAUUUUAUAUAGUUUAUCUGCAUUUAUAUUAUCUAUUAAAAUGUAAAGUACAUAUUAUAAUCAAGAAUGUUUAUUAGGUGUAACGACAGAAAUAAUAUUUAACAUAUAUUAAAAUAUAUACGUAUAAGUAUAAGAUUAAAUAUUGCGUUAAAAUUCAAUACAAAAUUCUUAUUAGAUGUAACAUUUAUCCAAGAUUCGAUCACAUUUGUUCAAAUGUUGAGUCAUAUUUUCAAGAAAAUUUUCUAAUAAAAAUAACAUUUAAAUCAGGAGUGAAUUAAAAUAAAUAUAUUAGUGUUAAUAAAUUCUUGGGCAAAUGAAUUUUGAUGCAAACUAUAACAGCUUAGUAAUGAUAUCUAGUAUUUCAUCUCACUUUUCUGUGAAAAUACACUUGAGUGACGUAAACGGAUCUUGAACAAGGUCUUGUGAUAUUCAUGUUAAAAAUAAUGUUAUCCACAUUAUCAUUGUUUUCUUCCUUCUUUUACCUUAUAGAUAAGAUUUACCACCUUUUUGUAGCUUUCAUUGAGCAAUAAUACUUUCGCUCUGUAUAUACCUUUGAUGUUUUUGAAUGCAAUUAUAUAAAAAAAUGUGUUAUUGGGCCAGAGUGGGUAUAUGUAACUACAACGAAUUAAAUGGCAUGUUUUAACUGUUGACAAUUUGAAAUAUAUUAAAGCCGCAACAUGCAAUUAUGCGACUUAAUUAAUAUUGUUUAUAAUUUAAAGGAUACUUAUAAUUUCGUGUAAUUGUAAUGUUUCUAUGAAUUAAGAGAAUCAAAAUUUUAAUCUCAUCAGGAUUAAAUCAGUGGUUAAUUCUUAAAAGCGAAUGAAAUGAUUUUAUGAAUAAAGGAAAAAAUAACUGAUGAACUUUUAUAAUUGCCACAAAAAAAGGGGAAGUUCGUUAAUGUAAACAAUAAGAGGCUGUAUUUGGUUUAACAAUUUUCGAAAUUAAAAAAAGUAUGUUCUCAUAUUUUACUUUUCAUAUUUAAUUUCAUAUUGAGUGCCGUAUGUUUUCAAUAAACUGAACUUCAAAUAUUUAUUUAGUAUAGAAUAGUAAAAAGUCGCUCUAACUAUAAUUAAAAUGAAUAACAGCAGUCUCAAAUGUGUGUCUUUUCGCAUCAAUUGAAAUUAGUCUACAACGAAAUAAAAGUAAUUGGUUAAAUUUGAUAAACUUUUACAUUUUAUCAUAUAUCAAAUGAACCAAUUUUGAUUUAAAAUAUUUAUAAGUUAUACUAGAUAUAUAUAGAUACACCAUAUGUAGUAUAUGUCACCAAUUACGUAUGCUUAUUGCGUUGGAUGAAGUAUGAGACAAUAUUCUCGAGUUUAGUAUCAGAAGCUAUUUGCUGAUUCAUUAAAAUGGUAUGGGAAUGGGGAUUCUGAAGAAUGCAAGGUUGAAAAGAAAUUGUUACUUUGAGUAACGAUAUUUCUCACGGAGUUUGUACCGAGGAAGAUAAUUUAACACAGUUAUUAUCCUCUUACCAUAUCUUGGGAGAUGUAGACGUCGACGUUGAAGAUUCCACAGUUAUUGUUGAAGCUUGACACUUUUUGCUGUAAAUAAUGUGAAAACUUUCACAUAUAAAUCUAUAUUUUUUAAUAAUGUGUCUGAGAUUCGUUCUAUGAAAAUUUUAAUCAAAUACUAAAUCAUUAGAUAUGUGGCUGAUUAUACAGAUUCAUACUUUUAUAGAUGAGUUAAUUCAAUCUAUAAUUAAAUGGAAAUUUUUAGCCUUUGAAAAGAAUAUUUAAGGAUUAAAAGCUUAUUAAUUAGAUAAAAUAUUAGAAAUAUAUGUUGAAGAUGAAGGAUGUAUUCUUUCAAAAACUUACGCGGUUUUUGGAGGGGAAUCAUUUGAGGAAGAUUUAAAAAACUCAUUGAUAAAUUGUCAUU